AUGGCAUCAUCACGUGGUUUUGAAGGUUGUCCAUCCGAAGCCUCUAACAUUUCUGCCACCUCUGAAGGCAUUUCCCAUAAACCUUGUGUUGAAGAAGAGAAUAAUGUUGAGGUGAUAAUGAAGGGGAAAAAUGCCAAAUAUGAACAAGAUCAAGCUUCAAAUUCCAAUUCUCGCAAAAUAUUGGAUUUUGUUAAGCUCUCCAAGGAUGAACCAAUUCAUGGGUCCAAUGUGGAAUUAGAUUUUUUCACCCCAACAAAGAGUUCAUCUUCUUGCAAGGUUGAAGGGAGAUAUGAGAACAACAAUGAAGAGAAAUCAUUGGAGGCUAAGACUUUUUCGUGUAACUUUUGUAAGAAAGAGUUUUCUUCUUCACAAGCUUUGGGAGGGCACCAAAAUGCCCACAAGAAAGAGCGUGCUCUUGCAAAGCAUCGCCAAGAGAUUGAUGCUAGUGCUUUUGGGAACAGUCAUUUUCUUUAUUACCCUUAUCCCACACACUCUUAUUAUGGAUCCUAUAAUAAGGCACUUGGAAUUCGAAUGGAGUCUAUGAUUCAUAAGCAAUCAUAUCCUUCAUUUCCACUUGGUUUUAGGUUUGGUCAAGGGUGGUCAAGACAAGAGAUGCUAAAUCCUUCUCUUGAUAGAUUGAGGAUGGAGGGUUUGGAUGGAAAUAGUGGAAUUAGGGUUCUUGGGAGUGACACAACUUUGAGGAGAAAAGAUGAUCUUGGUACUAUUGGACUCAUUCCCUUCCUUGGAGAUGUUUCUACCAAUAUUGCUACCAAUUCAAAUUCGACUUUGAAUAGGCCAACUUUGAGCAACAUGGGUGGUGAUCAUUCCAAGCAAGAAGAAACCUCUUGUUCUGAUUCCUCUAGGAUUGAUUUAUCACUCAAGCUUUAG